CGUGGGGCGAUGGGCGGGGUGUCGCGCGGGGCGGGCGGGGCGUCGCCCCGGGAUGUCCCGUGUCCGGGGUGGGACCCGCGCUCGCCGCCCGCCGGGAAUGGAGCCGGAUCCGAGCUUCUCGGGCCGCCGGGCCCUGGUGACCGGGGCGGGCAAAGGGAUCGGCCGGGCCGCGGCCCUGGCGCUGAGCGGAGCCGGGGCCCAGGUGAUCGCGCUGAGCCGGACGCAGGCGGACCUGGAGAGCCUGGAGCGGGAGCAUACCGGGAUUGAGACACUCUGUGUGGACCUGGGUGACUGGGACGCCACUGAGGCAGCGCUGAGCAAGGUGGGCGCCGUUGACCUGCUGGUGAAUAACGCAGCUGUGGCUGUGCUCCAGCCCUUCCUGGAGGUGACCAAGGAGGCCUUCGACAGGUCUUUCGAUGUGAAUCUUCGGGCCGUGUUUCAUGUUUCCCAGAUCAUUUCCCGGCAGAUGAUUGCACGAGGGGUGCAAGGAGCGAUAGUGAACGUCUCGAGCCAGGCAUCUCAGCGGGCUCUACAGGAGCAUGCUGUCUACUGUUCUACAAAAAGUGCCUUAGAUAUGCUGACCAAGGUGAUGGCUCUGGAGCUGGGACCCCACAAGAUCCGGGUGAACAGCGUGAACCCCACUGUGGUCAUGACUGACAUGGGGCGAAUUAACUGGAGUGAGCCUCAGAAAGCUGCUGCCAUGAUCAGUCGAAUUCCUCUGGGGAAGUUUGCAGAGGUAGAUGAUGUGGUGAACAGCAUCCUCUUCCUGCUGAGUGACAAGAGUGCUAUGACAACAGGUGUCUCGCUGCUGGUUGAUGGGGGUUUUCUCGUCUCCUAGGAUGAUACAUCUGCACUGGCAUCCCAAGGAGAGAAUCAUUCCUUAAAUGAGCUGUAGCUCAUGAAAGCUUAUGCUCAAAUAAAUUGGUUAGUCUCUAA